UGCGUGGUGGGAGGAGACACAUUCAGGAGCUUUGGUCAAAGCUAAGCUUUACCUCAGCAGCAUCAAGAAACAGGCCCAAGUUUCGGCCAGAGUCAAGGUGUUUGCAUCUCUACUAUCCUUCUAUUACCUCUACUUAAACUUAAUCAGAGUCAUCAUGCCACGAGGUCAGAAGAGUAAGAUACAUGCCCGGGAGAAACACCACCAAGCCCGGGGUGAGACUCAAGCUUAUGGAAAUGCUCAGGAAACAGCAGAAAACAUAUCAGAAACAGCAGAAGAGUCCUCUGCCGCCUGCCAGAGCAAGUCCAAGGCUAAGUCAUCCAGCCUUCCCAAAGCACCUCAGAAAGCAACACCAACUCCCACAGUUAUUCUGAGUAGCUCUUCCUCAGAAUCAGAUGAAAAUUCCCAUGAGGAAAAUGAGCCAAGUGUGCAAAAUGAGUGCCCUUUUCUGCACCGAGAUCUAAUAGCAAAUAGAGCUGUGAUACUUUUAAAAUCCCUGCUCCACAACUACAAUUUGAAGCAGCUCACUACCAAGGAAGAAAUGCUGAAGGUUAUCACCAAGAGGUAUGAAAAUGACUUUCCUGAGAUCCUCCGGAAAGCCGCUGAAAAGCUCGAGGAUGCCUUUGCAGUGGAAGUGAGGGAAGUCAACUCUAGUCAGCCCUCAUACAACCUCAUCAGCAAGCUGAAACUCCCCAACAAUGGGAGGAUCCGUGCUGGCAAAGGCUUACCCAAGACCGGUUUCCUGAUGAGUAUUUUGGGCAUCAUCCUCAUUCAGGGCAACUGUGCCAGUGAAGAAGAAAUAUGGAAAAUCCUGAGGAAGAAGAAAAUCUAUCCAGGGAAGAAGCACCGCAUCUUUGGUGAGCCCCGGAAGCUCAUGACCCAGUAUUUGGUGAAGCUGAAGUACCUGGAAUACCGGCAGGUGGCCGACAGUGAUCCUCCACGCUAUGAGUUCCUGUGGGGUCCCCAAGCCCAUGCUGAAACAAGCAAGAUGAAAGUCAUAGAAUAUUUGGCUAAGAUCAACAAAACAACACCUAGUGCCAUCUCGCCACUUUACCAAGAGGCUUUGAAAGAUGAGCAAGAGCGAGCAGAAGCCAGAGAUGAAUAAUGAAUGAUACCACUGACCAAUCUACUGAAGGUUCCCCAGAAAUAUCACCAGCAGCUUCUACCACCCCUGGUGACACUUGAAGUUUUCAUGUCAUCAAGACAUUUUCUCGAAAAUAUAAAAUAAUCUUAAGAGUUAGUAAGUGAGUACACUGGGA